UUGUUUCUUUUGAAAUAAUUCUUUUCACAAUUAUUCGAUUAAAUUAUAUUUGUGAUCAGGUCACCGAUGGCUUCUGGCAGUUAACGUGUUAACGCGUUGUGGUGGGAAGAGAUAUAUAUAGAAUGCACUAUACUUGCAAUUAUGCAGAGUACUACAAUGCUGUUUUCAAAUUUAAACAUGCCAUUUAUCAUACGAAAUUAAUACAUGACGUAAAUGCAAAUUACAAUUGCCUUUAAUAGAGGAAUGUUUCUGAAUUCACACGUACAUAACCUAAAUACACAAUUUCCUUAAUCUACAAAAUUUUAUGUUCACUAUUAAUUACAAUAUAAUUCUUCUGGUUUUAAAUAAACUUGGUACUUGAAUAAACUUAACUUUUAUAUAAUUUAUAUGGAAAUUAAAAUUUCUUUUAAUAGAGAUAUUUGUAUCAUCAUAUUUUAAUGGAUGUUUCAUUCUGACCUAACCUAAAUAUUCAACUGCAAUCUCUUGGUCCACAAAGAUUAAAAUAAGCGAAACAUAAAAAUGUCAUAUAGACUCAUAGUAAAAAGUCAAUCAUUACAUUUUAAGUAGAAGACUUUACAAGGAAUAAUAUUUAAAAUUUUAAACUUUUACUAUCUGUCAUCACUGACGCCAAAGUCCAUUAUUCUGCACCUGUGACCGUCGCAAUAAUUAAAUCAAACAACUGGAAAAACAGAAUUACAAACUGAUGCAACAAGUUCAAGGUUUAUAAAUAACACCGAUUACAUAUAUGCAAUUAACAUCUCUUAAAUUAUUGGUAAGCACUACAAAAUUUAAUCGAAUGAAUACAAUGUAAGAUACAAAUGCGUAUUAACAACAUUACUAUCGAAGUAAAGUAACAAAUUGAAAGUUUCAAUUGACAAAUUGAAUCGUCGUAUCUUUAAUAGCUGUUAUUAUUAAGUGUCUCAUUGCACGAGUCUAUUUUCACUGUGGUACUCGAACGUAUUAACCCGGUGAUGCCGGGUCAAUCGUGACCCAGAUCUUCGAAACGUCCCUACACUCAAAUUAGACUUAAACCUCUAAACAGGAGAAAAGGAACCGAUGUGUGGAGACUAUCUCAGCGACGACAUGUCGACGAGCAACCCGGAGUUGCUGGUCAGGCGACCGGUCUACCAGCAGGACGAGCUUAAUCACUUGUAUAAAUACACGAAGCCCAGCGAAACGAUUUUUCAGCACAUAUCUUCGAGGUGUCAGAAAUUCCGGUUGCUGAAUGCUGUCAAACAAUCGAUACCUUUAAUCGGUUGGCUGUCGGCGUAUAAUUGGAAGCACGACAUCUUUGGAGACAUCGUUGCUGGAAUCACCGUCGCAGUGAUGCAUAUCCCUCAAGGACUGGCGUACGCUAUACUGGGCAACGUCCCACCGAUCGUCGGGAUCUACAUGGCCUUCUUUCCCGUUUUAGUUUAUCUGUUUCUCGGCACGUCCAAACACAAUUCGAUGGGUACGUUCGCGUUGGUUUGCAUGAUGACAGGAAAAGUGGUAACGACUUACAGCACCCCAUCACAAAUCCAAAACAUCAAUAACGCUACGGAAUAUAAUGAAUCAACCACAAACUACCAAUAUUCCCCCAUCGAAGUUGCUACAGCAGUCACGUUCACCGUAGCCAUGAUAGAGCUAGCAAUGUACGUGCUACGCCUAGGAGUGAUCGCCUCCCUGCUAGCCGACAGUCUGGUCAGCGGCUUCACAACUUCGGCAGCCGUCCACGUUUUCACAUCUCAAGUCAAGGAUCUAUUGGGCCUAAGAAAUUUACCUAGCCGAAAAGGAGCCUUCAAGCUAAUCUUCACAUAUGUGGACUACUUCACCAACAUCAAAACCGCCAACUGGGUAGCUGUCGCUCUCUCAGCCUCCAUCAUCAUACUACUCAUCACCAACAAUCUCCUAAAGAAAAGAGUCGCGAGAAUAAGCCCCUUUCCAUUUCCUAUAGAAAUGUUGGCUGUCCUCAUCGGCACUAUUCUCUCGGUGCACCUGAACCUUGGGACUGAUUAUGGCCUUGCUACUGUUGGUCAUAUACCAGUCGGUUUUCCGAGUCCAACUCUCCCCUCGUUCUCGCUGAUACCGCACAUCCUCCUGGACAGCUUCAUAAUCACCAUGGUCUCCUACACAAUCACCAUGUCCAUGGCGUUGAUCUUCGCGCAGAAAUUAAACUACGAAGUGGACUCGAACCAAGAAUUAAUGGCUCAGGGUGCUGGAAACCUUGUUGGAUCCUUCUUUUCUUGUAUGCCGUUCACAGCCUCGCUGUCGAGGUCCUUGAUACAGCAGACUGUUGGAGGACACACUCAACUUGCUAGUUUAAUAUCCUGCGGACUUUUGGUCAGCGUGUUGUUGUGGAUUGGUCCUUUGUUUGAACCUCUGCCACGGUGUGUCCUAGCCAGCAUCAUAGUGGUGGCUCUAAACGGAAUGCUAAAGAAGGUGAAAGAGUUCAAGAAAUUUUGGGACCUAGACAAAAUGGACGGAGUAAUUUGGGCCGUAACAUUUAUAACCGUGAUCCUACUGGACAUUGAAUAUGGUCUUCUGGUCGGGAUAUUCUUCUGCAUAGGCAAACUCGUCCUCUUUGCAGUUCGUCCAUACACCUGCUCCCUCGGUCAAGUACCUGGCACCGAGCUGUACCUGGACAGCAAGAGAUAUAAAAGCACAGUGGAGGUACCUGGUAUCAAGAUAUUCCAUUACUGUGGCAGCUUGAACUUUGCCUGCCGUCAGCAGUUUCGUGAACAGGUGUAUAAGAUUGCGGGACAUAGACCGAGGAAGAAUUUGGGACAUGAAGAGUUGAAGGAAAUUAAGGAGCUGCACACCCUAGUGCUGGACUUGAGCGCCUUAACUCACAUGGAUCUUGCGGGAGCAACGACCCUAGGAAACCUGAUCAGCGAGUACUGCGACAUGAAUAUCGCGGUGUACGUAGCCGGCUGUUCCGGUCCCGUGUACGAGAUGAUGAGAAAGUGCAAUCUGACGGAAUACGGAGGUAGCCUGUACUCGAUGUUUCCUACCGUGGCCGAUGCGGUGCACUUCGCGAGAUGCAACGAAUUGACGCAUACACCGGCUUGGUACUCGUCCAUGUAGGAGACACUUCGGGAAUACUGAUUGUAGGUGUUCAUUCACGUAUUUGGAGGGACUGUUAAUUAAGGUGUGACCUUUUACUGCCUCUGAGUGAUAUAUUUAAUUACUUCGGUGAAUGAAGCCUUGUGAAUGAGGUGAGAAUGUGUGUAUGUGUCACUAGGUAACUAAGGUCGCCCCCCAUGGAGUGUGAACUGGUCUCUGCCUUCUGGAGAUAACCGAGAAUGAAGUUAGAAAAAGUCCUGUUUUUAUGUUAUAGUGUUUUGCUUAUUUUAAAUCGACACUAAUUGAGUACAAACGUUUUUAAAACAUUAGUAAUGUACAAAUGAACGUCCACAUAUGAGGGCCGCCUUAGACAAAAAUUCUAAUUAUGUCAGACGUGAACCAAAUGAGUAAUGAAUAGUUAGAAUUGUGAAAUGUUAAGAAUUCACCACGUUACCUGGUGAUAGCAUUUAAAAAUUAAAAAUAAUUAUGAAAGUACUUGCGAUAUCUGUGAUCAGAUGUUGGUCAGUGCUACCAAUGCUGUCAAUUAAGAGUCUCGAUCGUUAAGUGAGAUUGAAUAUCUCGAACGAUUCAAAGAACUCGGAUAUUUGUAUAUAAGAAAUCUUACGAAAUUGUAUAUUUGUACAAAUUUGUAUUCUUAUGGAAAAGUGUGAAUCUGAGAAAACUGUUUAACCUCGCAUAUAAAGUUUCAUGACUUUAAUGGAAUAAUUGUUUUGCUCAAUAUCAAUAUUUUCAUAACGAAUCAUUCUUGGCGAGACACUUCGUCCUGACGUAAUUUCGAAUUCCAUGCAUGCAAGAGCGCGUGUCGAUCACAUUGUUAAACACUGCCACGAAACACGAGUGUCUAACCUAGUUGCAUGUGGCUGCAAUGUUAGAAAACGCGUUUUCUAAACAAUGACGACAGAGCAUUGAAAAACGUUUGUGGACUGUAAUCGAUGCGUUUUGUUCGAGUUGCAACAUUGUUUUAUGAGUAAGAAAUGAAGCACAAAUAAUAAUGGAAAAUUUUAUUGAAAAAUUUCGUGUUGUAAUAUUUGUUACAUUAUGUUGAAUAAAAUGUAAA